GUUUAGUAGUUUAGUGUGUGUGGUAUGUGCGUGUAUUUCCUCAUACAUAGAUUUUCAUAAAAAGGAAAAUUCUAUGUAUCAAUUCAUUAAUAUUGUUAAAUCUUAAAAGAAAUAGGGCACGAUGAUGAGUUCCUUGCAGAUAUUAACGCGAACGAGUAAAAUUGCUCCAAGAUUUAUUAAGAUUGUUCCAAAUGGGGUAAAUACAUAUUUGAGUCGAAACAAAUAUUACUAUGUAAAUGAAUACAAGGACAAAAAUUGGAAUGACAUCAUGGAAGCUGCAACUACCCAUAUGUUUUUUCUUGAAAUUUUUCGAGGAUUUGGACUUAUUUUGUCUCAGUUAUUCAGAGAACCAGCAACAAUAAACUAUCCUUUUGAAAAAGGACCCUUGAGUCCUAGAUUUCGAGGAGAGCAUGCACUAAGAAGAUAUCCCUCUGGAGAAGAAAGAUGUAUCGCCUGCAAGUUAUGUGAAGCAAUAUGUCCUGCACAAGCUAUUACAAUUGAAGCAGAAGAAAGAGCAGAUGGAUCUCGACGUACAACAAGAUAUGAUAUUGACAUGUCUAAAUGUAUCUACUGCGGCUUUUGCCAAGAAGCUUGUCCAGUAGAUGCGAUUGUUGAGGGUCCAAACUUUGAAUUCUCAAGUGAAACCCAUGAAGAAAUGUUAUAUAACAAAGAGAAGCUCUUAAAUAAUGGUGACAAAUGGGAAUCUGAAAUUGCUAGUAAUAUUCAUGCUGAUCAUUUGUAUCGUUAAGAACUGUUGUAAUGUAGUCAUAUUUAAAGUUGCAAUUAAGUCGGUAUGAAUUGCAUCAUGCAUGUAUAAAAAAUAUUAAUCAUACCGCUAGGUGUACAAUGUAUAAAAUUAAAAUAGUGUAAAUAAAUAAUGUAAAA